AACUCCCCAUACUGACAUGUCAUAGUCGGUUCUCCCCCGACUUGCCGCCCUGAAUAUCGACCUUUGAGCUGGUCUUGAGCUCUGAGCAACAUGUCGCAAUCACUCCGCCCAUACCUCCAGUGCGUGCGCUCGUCGCUCACAGCCGCCCUCUCCCUGUCCAACUUUGCCUCGCAGGCCUCGGAACGCCACAAUGUCCCCGAAAUUGAAGCUGCAAGCUCCCCGGAAGUCAUUCUGAACCCGCUUACCGUAUCGAGAAACGAGAAUGAACGCGUGUACAUCGAGCCCAGUAUCAACAGUGUACGAAUCAGUAUCAAGAUCAAACAAGCCGAUGAGAUUGAGCAUAUUCUGGUUCACAAGUUCACACGCUUCUUGACGCAAAGAGCCGAGUCUUUCUACAUUCUACGGAGAAAGCCGGUCAAGGGCUACGAUAUUUCGUUCCUGAUUACAAACUUCCACACCGAGGAGAUGUUGAAGCACAAGCUGGUGGACUUUAUCAUCCAGUUCAUGGAGGAGGUUGACAAGGAGAUUUCGGAGAUGAAGCUCUUCUUGAACGCAAGAGCUCGUUUCGUGGCUGAGUCUUUCCUUACACCGUUUGACUGAGCAUACUAUAAUGUCCACGUUUGUACAUAUCGGGCAAGGUGUGGAAGUAGCAAGACGGAUGGACAAUGCAGAGAGCCGGGUCCGGGUCCGGGUUGCGGCGUGAGAAAGUUGUCAUAUAAGCUGAGCAUUCGACCAGCACUGAAUAGAAACACAAGCUUCAAAUCUAUACAUAUCACACA